ACAGUGUCUGCCUCUCCUCUCUCUUUUUAACACGACUGUAUUUAACUUAGUGAAGAUUCUUAAUUAAAAAGAGAAUAUAACGCAAAGAAAUUUGUGAAAAGUGAUUGUUAUAGUUUUCAGCCAUUGAUUGACGCGUUCUGCAAGUGCAACAAGUGAAAGCCAAUAUCGUGAAAUGCCACCCGUUCAAGUCCAGGCCGUCAACAUGUCGUUGGGUGCAAUGCAUUGCACGAGAUGCGCCGACGGUUUUGAGCCCACCGAGAAGAUUGUCAAUUCCAAUGGCGAACUUUGGCACACACAAUGCUUUGUCUGCGCUCAGUGCUUCCGACCGUUCCAGGAUGGCAUUUUCUACGAGUUCGAGGGCCGCAAGUACUGUGAACGCGACUUCCACGUACUGUUUGCCCCCUGCUGCAACAAGUGCGGCGAGUUUGUUAUUGGACGUGUUAUCAAGGCCAUGUCCGCCAGCUGGCAUCCGCAGUGCUUCCGUUGUCAGCUGUGUGCCAAGGAGUUGGCCGACAGUGGCUUUAUACGCAACCAGAAUCGUGCACUUUGCCACGAAUGCAAUGCCAAGGUGAAGGCGGAGAUAACUGGCCGCUAUGUCUGCCAAAAGUGUCACGGCUUGAUUGACGAGGAACCGUUGCGUUUCCGUGGCGAAGUUUACCAUGGAUAUCACUUCAAUUGCUCGGCAUGCGGCACAGAACUGGAUGCCACAGCGCGCGAGGUCAAGAGUCGUCCAGGUCUUGCCGCAAAUGAUAUGAAUGAAUUGUAUUGUCUACGCUGCCAUGACAAGAUGGGCAUUCCCAUUUGCGGUGCCUGCCGUCGACCCAUUGAGGAGCGUGUGGUCACAGCGCUGGGCAAGCAUUGGCACGUUGAGCAUUUCGUGUGCGCCAAGUGUGAGAAGCCCUUCCUGGGCCAUCGGCAUUACGAGAAGCGUGGUCUGGCCUACUGCGAGACGCAUUAUCAUCAGCUAUUUGGAAACCUGUGUUUUGUAUGCAACCAGGUCAUUGGAGGCGACGUAUUUACUGCUUUGAACAAGGCGUGGUGUGUGCAUCACUUUGCCUGCUCCGUGUGCGACACAAAGAUGACACAAAAGUCCAAGUUCUACGAGUACGAUGAGAAGCCCGUGUGCAAGAAAUGCUACGAACGCUUCCCGAACGAACUGCGACGUCGCUUGCGUACCGCCCACGAGAUGACCAUGAAGAAGAGUGUCUAAUAAAUGGACCGUAGUCCUCAGCAGUCAUCUUUCCAACGCACAAAUCUACGUUAAAACGUCUAAAAUCAAAGUGCCUUUUGCCCUUCAUCACUGUGGACAAGCAGUAUGAAGGGUGCGAAAGCUAUUAAAAGCAAAAGCUCUGACCGCUUAGUUCUUUGUUUGUAGUUGUCCACUUCUAACAUUCAAUGUUAAUCCUCGAUACUAAAAACUUUUGCUUAUUUUUCAUAUUUCUGCAAUUUCGUAACUUUGUUGUACUAUGUAAUGUAAUUUCUAAAGUAACAAAUAUGUAUUGUUAACAACGGACCAGCAAAAUCAUCAAAUGAUGUAUUUGGCAGCUAUUUAUGUUGUUAUUUAAUUCAAUUUUAUUUAUAUAUAAUCGUACAUAAAUGUUUUUUAAAUAGAAGAAAAUAUAAUCAAGUAUGCGCUUAUCACGAAGCAGCAAAAUAAAUUAUUGCUAAAUAACUACAUAAAUAAAAUCAAAAAACAUAAAUAGGA